AUAUUUUUGAUUGUUUUCAAUUUAAAAAUUUGAUAUGGUAUGAUACAUACAUAAUACACAUAGGGUAUUUAAAGUUAUUACUUUGUGAUAUUGUGCAAAAUGAAUUCUAUAAACAUGGCGAAUACCGAAGGUGACGAUUUGACGUACGAAGAAGAAACAGACGAAAGUAAUAUUAUAGUUGAUCCUGAAAGCUUGCAAGAUUCUAUAGAGGAAACUGAUACAAAUCUUCAGGUUGAUGAUGAACAAAGAGAGAAAUUAGUACGAAUUCCUAUAGGCAGAGUAAAAAAUAUUAUGAAAAUGGAUCCCGAAGUACAUUUCGUUAACCAAGAGGCAGUAUUUUUAAUAGCAAAAUCAACGGAACUUUUUAUUGACUCACUUGCAAAGGAAGCCUAUAAGUAUACUGUACAAACAAAAAAAAGAACAUUGCAAAAACGAGAUAUUGAAAAUGCAAUUAAUAAUGUAGAUGCGCUUGUGUUUUUAGAAGAAAUGCUCGAAUGAAUUAGAAAGUAAUUUUCUCAUUUGAUAUUAUAAUUAGCAAGAAAUUAUGUAAUAUAAUAUAAAAAA